GGGCGGGCGAAUUUCCGGCGAAUAACGGGAAGUUUUAGUUUCCGUACUGCGUACCGAAAACAUCACGCUGGCUUCCAGCAGCGUGCUGGCGUCAGAAAUACUAGAGCUUAGGGGCUGGCAUGCGCUUUUGAUAGUUGGUGUGUCGAGCGGAUGACAGUAUAAAGUGAAUAUUUAAGUGUUCUUAAAAUACCUGGAGUCCCUUCUUCCUUACCCCUUAACGCAGCCACGGUUCUCUGAUCCCCAAAAUGUUGUGUAAUAAGGCAGAUUUCAGAUUUUUAUUUUUUUUUUAAAUUCCACAUGUUGCCAUUGAAAGUGACAGUGUAUGUGCAUGAGGGAAAAGAAUUUUAAAUUAGCGUGAAUUUAAAGAGUUAAAGUAAAAAAAGCCUUUAAAGUUAAAAGAACAUCUUUUAAAGAGAAGCUAAUGAUGCCGCUCUAACGACCAACAUAAAAAUUGGCAGUUUGACAAAUGAAUAACGAUAGCGUAAGCUUUUUGGUAGAUGGGUCAUGUUUUCCUCGGUGACUUGUAGCGAUGUAUUUAGUGCUCAGUUAAACAAGGCCUAGAAGUUUGUAGAAUUCAUCUAAGGCAGUUAAAAUUCUGCAGCCCUGUCGCCGUGCCCUGCUAAGGCAGCUUUGCAGGGGUGGUACCACGGCCGUGCGUCCUGUUGCAGUUACGUGUUAGCCUGUUGAUACCUGCUCGAGUGUUUGUUGUUACCACACGUUAGGGAUGAAACUGGGCUUUGGAUGGGCCUUUGCCCGAAAUCCGUGCUGUUACUAAGCUUGCUCAGUUUUGCCUGUUAAAAAACCAGAUUUUUGCAAGUGAAUUUGGGACCUGAAAAUCAGACUCUGUUACUAAGUGGUUUGCCUCUUGGAUGAAUCAUGAGGGGUCAGGAGGUGGAACUGUCACUUUUACUAUUUUAACUCAAUUAAAAAAAGAAAGGAGAGGAAGAUUUUCUUUCGGGAAGAGUUUGUCAUGCAUCCAGAUGUCAAUUUUUUACCCCUGCUUACUUACAAGAUCUGUGCAGAAAUCCUGGUUUCUUGAACAACAGAGAUGAUCUCAGAGCUCACCGAACCCUUUUCGGACAGUGCUCAGCUCCAGCAGCGCUCUCUCCAGCUUUUGUUCCAGGAUGUUUUGCUCGCACCUGUGGAAGAUGCAUUUGAUGCUUUGCUUUGCCUGUGGGGCCCAGUUUCUUGCGCUUACCUCGAUGCCAGUUUUUGCUGAAGGAGUUUCACAUCUAAAGGUUUCAUUGUGUUGAUGCCGCUUUGCAUAGCUUAGAUCCCAGAACACCUUUCAGGUGCCUGCAGUUGUUAACCAUGGACGCUUUGUAGCCAAAUAGUGUUUUGUGUGGCUGUAGCAUUCCCAUCUGCUAACUUGCAAGGCGUUAGUGCAGAUUGGUGAGAACUUCUGUGUUUCUCAGCAAAGGGAUGCGCAGGAUAUGCUUGGCGGUGUAGCAGUCCCUUGGGAUCGCUGUGAAUGGCAAUAAAUGGUGGCCGCCUUAGGACACUUGUGUGCUGUGUCUCUGGUUCGGUUCUGCUCUCAGUAGCCGGCAUGCGGUAGCUGCUGUCCUUUCAGGCACCACAUGCGUAGACCUGCUGUAACCAGCUGGACGUCUGUGGUAUCUGGCCAGGACCACAAUGAAUGUGGAACAUGAAAUUAGCCUCUUGGUUGAGGAGAUUCGGCGGUUGGGAACCAAAAAUGCUGACGGACAAGUGAGCGUGAAAUUUGGUGUGCUCUUUGCUGAUGAAAAGUGUGCCAACCUCUUUGAAGCCCUAGUGGGAACUCUUAAGGCUGCGAAACGACGGAAGAUUGUCACUUAUCAAGGGGAGCUACUUUUACAAGGCGUUCAUGACAACGUUGAUAUCAUGCUACUGCAGGACUGAUGCAGUCUUUCAGCUAUGCAUUAAUAGAAUUGUUUGAGGCAGUGACUUGCAACAUCCUCUGAAUAAGGCCAAUCAUGCUAAGAUGUUUUUACGUGUUUUCUAUAUCUUUACAGUCAAAAGGAAACUGUCCUAUUUUGGAAAACAUUCCCUUUUGUAAUUCUUCCUAAAAUGGUACUGUACAUGAGUAAGGUAAAAGAUGCCAGAUCUCAAUCUUCCUUUGUUUUUUUGUUUUUUUAAUCUCAGGUAAUGCUCUCAAAUGUCUGGUGGUUAUUUUUAACAUAUGAAGAAGCAGAAGGGGACUGGUAAUUUAAUGUUUACAAAUCAAAAUGUGCCAUGAAAGUAUAAA